UCUUCACACGCCAUACGGCUUCCAGAAAAACCACUUCCCCCAGCGCGCUGCGGUCCGUCCCUUUCGGUAAUUUGUUCUAUUUUAUUUUACUUUUGCUUUUUCCCUGGGAAUGGUACCCGCGCGUCUACCGGAACACCCCCCCCAUGGGCGUGGACAUGGACAUGGUCAUCUGUUGAGCGCCCUCCCCGUUGUUGUGGCCCCGUUCCUGUUCACAGGGCUGCAUAUCGCAGUCUCUCGUGGUUCGUUGUUCCGACUUCCACCUGACACCUCGAUCUACCCCGUAGGCACUGGCUCUAUGACCGCUUAUGUACCGUGUGGACUUUACUACCCCUUAUAUCAAACCAUGACCUAUUUCGAAAAUAGUAUAUAUAUAUGUACUAGCGCGACCGGUACUCGAACAUUGAGUUCGUCUCACACACUGGCACGUAGCAUAUAUCGCAUCGAUGCAUUUACUCAUUACUCCGCCCUCUUAACCAUCUUCCCCUUCCUCUCACCCUCCAAACCCACAUGUACAAAGGAAAAAAGGAUAUGCCAAGUAUGCACAGCGAAUGACCGAGAGUGACCGCCCGACCGCAUCCCCGAACGGUCCCUGGAGGAAUGCCCCUUCCCUUCUAUCCCAUAGAAGAAGAGAAGAUCCCUGCCCUUGCUCACCCCCAUCCAUCUCACU